AAUGAUAGGACCAAAAAAAUAUAAGAAGCAAUAGAGGCUCGUUUCGUCGUCGACCCCUCGAAUCCCGUCCCUCUCAAGUUUGCCCUUAACCCUUUGUUUGCAACAGAGAACGAAAAAGAAAAGAUCUCAUUUUUGUCACUACGAUGACCCUACCCUCCUCCUCCUCCUCCUCCUCUUCCGCCGCCACCACCACGACCGCCUCCGGGGGAGCCUUUUGCCCCUUCGCCCUCCUGUCCGACGACAUCGUCCUCAAUAUCCUCGCCAAGCUGGAAACCGACCCCCGCGACUGGGCCCGCCUCGCCUGCGUCUCCUCCCGCCUCUCCUCCCUCGUCCGCACCGUCUGCUGCCCCUCCCGCUGCUCCCGAUCCCUCCCCUCCGACCUCCUCCCCUCCACCGCAGCCUCCGCCGCUUGGCCGUCCCUCCACAAACUCUGCGUCUGCUGCCCUGGUCUCCUCCGCGCCGGCGUCCUCCUCGAGCACUCUGACUUCGGCCUCGAGCGUGACAUCGGCCCCCAUCGCUCCGUCCCCAUUUGCUCCUCUUCGUCCACCUCCUCCAGUUGUCCCCCGAUUCCCCCGUCCCAGAUCCACCCGGAGACCGCUGAUUCUUGCUGGUCCCUCUUCGACGACCUCUGCUCUGACACCAUCUACGACCAUUCCGAGUUGCAAGAUGCCGCCCUUUCGCCGAUCGAUUCAUCUCCGAGCGAAACUACCGUCAGAGUCGGCUCCGCUGCCACCAAGAAGAGGAAGAAACAUCAGGUCGGCCCGGCAGGAGCCCAUUUGGCUUCCGGGCCUUGGACUGUCAGCCGCGAGCAGGGGAAUAAGCUGCUCGCCAGCCGGUUCAGAGGUGAUUGUCUCUACAUGUGCGACUGGCCUGGAUGCGUUCACGCGGAGGAGAAGCGAAAGUAUAUGCUGUUUAGAGGGGUGUUCAAGAACUUCAAGCGGUCGAGAGUGUGGAAGACGAUAAGCGACUCGAAUAGGGGCAAGAUUGCGUUGGGCUGUGCAUUCUGUGCUUGCAGGGAGACAUGGGACCUUCACUCUGCAUUUUGCUUGAGGAGGGUCUUUGGAUUUCAUGAUGACGGCGAGCCAGUGGUCAGGGCAUAUGUUUGUGAAAAUGGGCAUGUCUCAGGGGCAUGGACUGAGAGGCCAUUGUACUCUUAAAGAUGAAAUCUUUCAGGCCUAUGUGCAUGCUUUGGUUGAUCGAUUUGGCUUUCAGGAGCUAUAUAUUUUUAAUUAGGAUUCUGCUACUCCUGAUCUGCGUGCAUUCACCCUCCCCAAACCUCGUGCACUGGUACGUUUUUUUCAUUCUGCUAAUCCUGAUGAUGUCGAGAUUUGGUAUUGUUAUUGUCAACUUGGUUGAAAAUGGAUAACCUUACCUGGCUUCCAAAGAUCACUGCUGUUUUAGGUAGAACUAUCGUUUCGUUUCUUAUUAAUGCUUGGUAUUAUGAUAUGUCAUUUGAUUGUAGUGAUGAUACAUGAAAAACACCUUUAUUGUUUCA